CCCUCUCUGAGUCAGUCGCUGGACAUCAACAAGCACAGGUGAGAACAAUGAACUCGGCUCACUCUCUGGCUGCACUCCUGCUCCUCAUCAUCAUCCAAGGCAGCUGGCAGGUUCCAGAUCAAGACCAGCUCCCAAACUCCAUACUGACUCUUGAAAACUCAAUUUCUCCUGAGCCCAUUGAGCAUCUAACCAUGAAGCGCCACUCAGAGGGAACGUUCUCCAACGACUACAGUAAAUACCUGGAGACGAGAAGAGCCCAGGACUUCGUCCAGUGGCUGAAGAACUCCAAAAGAAACGGUCUCCACAGACGCCAUGCAGAUGGCACCUACACCAGCGACGUCAGCACCUACCUGAAGGACCAGGCGGCUAAAGAGUUCGUAUCUUGGCUCAAGACCGGCCGAGGCAGGCGGCAGUAGACCAGAGGCGUCUCACAGAGGAAGAAUUCAACCACCA